CUCUCUCUCUCUCUCUCCCUCUCUACCAUAUUAUUGUGUUUGGUCUUCUCUGAUUUGGAGAGAGAUUGAGAGAGAAAUGGUUUCGUAUCUCCGUAAAAAAUUCCAAAUGGGUUCCAUAUCCGCUGCCGCCCAUGAGGAGGAUGGAGAUGAGGCCAAAGAAGAUAGCUUGGAAAACACUGAACGUGAUGAGAUAGAGCGCAGCAAAGUGGGAAUCAUGAGAGCCCUUGCCGAAAGAGAAGAUCCCUCUACCAAGGAAGUGGAUGAUUUGAUGAUUCGUAGAUUUCUGCGAGCCCGUGAUCUAGAUAUUGAAAAGGCUUCUGACCUAUUUCUAAAGUAUCUAAGCUGGAGGAGAGAAUAUGUCCCGGCUGGAUCCAUAUCUCCAUCAGAAAUUCCUAAUGAUCUCGCUCAUCAGAAGAUUCAUAUGCAAGGAGUGGAUAAGAUGGGGCGCCCCAUAGUAGUUUGCUUUGGUAGCCGGCAUAAGCAGACGAGUCUGGAGGAGUUCAAGCGUAUGUAGUUGCUCUGAAACUGUACAUGAGUGGCCUGAAUUCUAAUGCUAUGUGUAUAUAACGUUUGUGAAU